GUCUUCAUUAGCAACCGGAGCUAAAAUUAUUGCUGGCAGUGUACUGCCUCUGUGCUACGUAUUUAUUAUAUACUGUAUAUAUAGAUAUAUUUUUUUUUUUUGUUAGUUUAUUAAGAAAAACGUUAAAGAGAAGGAAUCAUGGAUAGCGUGGAAGGUGAGCCUCAAGUCCAGCAACAACAGCAGCAGCAAAAGAAGAUGAAAAACGCUGGAGCAAAGAAAAAGCAGCAGCUCGGUGAUAUAGUGUUCAUGGCUAAAAAUGGCACCAUCCAAACCAUCCAAUCCCUGGAGAAACGGCUGAAAGUAGUCACUGACCCAGUCAUUGGUCUUCAGUUUGUGUGGGAGUACCGAAGCCCCAGCAAGUCUGUUCCUCCACACUACCAGUGCAAGUUGUGCAAGGUGCAGCGGUUGCAGAAUGAGAUGAGCGCUCACAUCACAGGCUGGAAGCACUGCUUCAAAUAUCUGAAAAAGAACCACUCUGACAAGAUUCCUCACGAAGAAGAGCAGGCCAUCAAGGAUCCUUCAAUCCGCAGAGCUGUCAAGGAGAUUGCUGCAGAUGUGGAGAAGGCUGAGGGGCGGGGGAAGCUCAGGGUUGUUCUGAAAGAACCAUUUGAAGUGGCUGCCUUCCAAGGAAUGCCAUCUGCGAUGGUUAAGACAAGGAUGCCAGGUCCAGUCAGAGAUGGCAGGUUUCCCGGAGGCUUCCCAGAACCCUUAUUUCCUGGCGAGUUUCCACCAGGGGGAAUGCGGCCCGACUUCCCAAUGGGCAUGCCCAUGCGGAGAUUCCCUCCCGACAUGCCCAUGGGUGGGGGGGGUGGUGGUGGUGGUGGUGGGGGUGGUGGUUUUCCCGACGGCAUGCCCAUGCCACGCCAUGGCGGUAGCUCUGGGCGCCCCUUCCCAGGUGGUAUGCCCAUGCGAAUGCUCAGUGAUGACAUGCCUGGAAAGAUGCGAGAUGCAGACAUGGACCCUCGCAGGUACUCAGAUGACAUGCCCAUGAGAAUGGGGAGUGACAGCAGUUUCGGGAUGGGUCCACGUAGCAUGAGUCCCGGGCGCCGGUACCCAGAUGACUUUCCUGGUAGUCAGAUGGGCAGCUCUGGUGACAGGAUGAUGACUGGAAUGCAGAAGGGUCCAGAGAACAACAGCCUGCCUGCCACCCUGCUGAAGUACCUGGACACGUUUCGCAUUGAGAAUGAAAACGAUGCCCAGAUCGUGCUAAAGGUGACCCAGAAGUUGACAGAUGUGUUGAUGGAAUACCGGCUCAGGAGCGUGUCUGCGGGAUCCAGUUUCAAGAACACAUCCUCCAGUUCUAUGAACUCCCUCAGCUCUAUGAACUCAAUGGGGCCCAUGAACUCCAUGAACUUUACCCCAAGGCAAUCUGGGGGAGGUGACCGGUACUCUGGAAGUCUCUCAGGCCCAUCCAGAUUCUACAACUGAUCACCAUGGUCACGCUGCAAUUCGGCCCCAAGAUUCACCCCGGGGUCUCCUGGAAGUAGUUAUGCUUUCAUUUAGAGAUGUCCUGCUCUUACCCUUGUUAAUAUUUUUGUUACAUUUUUCUUUGCUCGUUUAAAUGGCCUGCUACAU